AUGAAUAGGGGAAAUCGAUCAAAUAAGGCUCUCGUACAGCCUAUUACGGUUAUUUUUGGCCAUAUGCAGUCAAAAUCUCCAGUCCAAAUAUGGCUGUAUGAACAAAGCAAUAUUCGUAUUGAGGGCAGAAUCGUUGGCUUUGAUGAAUAUAUGAAUCUUGUUCUGGUGGAAGCCUGCGAAAGGCAUAUGAAAUCCGGUGCAAAGAAGAUGAUUGGUCGCAUUUUGUUGAAGGGAGAGACAAUAACUCUAAUUCAAAAGCUUCCUCAAUGA